CUUACUUUACUCAAGGGAAGGGUGAGUACUAAUGAGGUUCUUGGAUUGCCUAACUCUGAUUUAGUCCCUGGAAUCUAUGAAGGGGGACUUAAGCUAUGGGAAGGCUCAUUAGACCUUGUUAAAGCUCUGCAAUCUGAGAUUCAAAAUGACCAUCUAUCACUUGAGGGAAAACUAGUGUUAGAGCUUGGAUGUGGCCACGGAUUCCUGGGAUAUUUUCAUGUCUCAAGGGUUCAGCUGAAGUGCAUUUUCAGGACUUCAAUGCUGAGGUACUCCGGUGUCUCACCAUCCCAAAUGUAAAUGCAAAUCUUUUGGACAAGUCUCAACCAGCCACCGCAUCCAAAGCUCGCUUCUUUACUGGUGACUGGGGUGAGAUUCAUCAAUUACUUCCUCAUGCUAAUGAAAGUGAAAUUAACGCAGAGCAUGGUCAAGAUACUGGUUAUGAUGUUAUUCUAAUGGCUGAGACGAUUUACUCGAUCUCUGCUCAAAGGAAUCUCUAUGGACUUAUAAAGAAGUGCAUUAUCCGCCCACAUGGAGUUGUAUACAUGGCUGGAAAGAAACAUUAUUUUGGUGUAGGAGGGGGAACACGUCAAUUUCUUUCUAUGCUUCAGAAAGAAGGUGUUAUGGCUGCAACUAUUGUUACUGAAGUUGCUGAUGGUUCCUCUAAUUUACGGGAGGUAUGGAAGCUUUUGUAUAAGUUGAUCCUCAUAUUGAGUGUGCUACAAUGCUUUAACGUUAUGAAUAUCUUGGUAUCAUUUGUUGCAAGUUAG